AUGAAUAUCAAUAACAAGAAUAAGAAUAAAAAUAAAAAUAAAAAUAAUAAUAAUAAUAAUAAUAUCAAGAACAUUAAAGCCACCACUUUUAUAUUGGAUGCUUCUUGUUUUGAAAAGGCAUUGGGCCAUGUAUUAGAGUGGAUAGAGUUAACUUCAAAUAAACAAAAAAAUUCAAUAUGUUUCUAUUUACCCACCUUCACUAUAGAAGAAUUGAAUUUUUUGAAAAAUAAAAGAAAGAAUAUGAAUGCUAUAAAAAGUUUGAAAAUUAUCGAUACGAAAAGUGAUUUCUUUGAUCUCGAGUUGUGCGAUGAAGGGUUAAAAGAUAACACUAGCAGUGGCAAUGGUAGUUGGAAUUCAAUAUUGGAAAAAUAUUUAAUAAUAGAAAAGGAGAAAAACUCAACAUAUAUCAAGAAAUUGCCUUCAAGAUUCAAAAAGUUAAUCAAAGCCUAUUAUAAUUUCCAAGAAAAAACCAUAAAUUUGGAGCCCAAGUCAAAUCCUACAAGUGAUGAUAACGAUAGCAACAAAAGUAAUAAUGGCUCAAAGCCAACAACGCCUCGUUGCUAUUUAGUUACGUGUGAUGAAAAUGUUGAAAAGUUGUGUGGGUAUUUUACAGGUAUUAAUUUAAUCGAUGUCUUAAAAGCGGACUCAUUAAUCGUUAGAAACAAGAAGUUGGAUUUUUUCAAGAAAAAGUUUAUAAGCAACAUGGAGAAAAGUGUAAUUCCUUCUGACAAUGAUCAAACCACCAGUCAAGAAGAUUUUGAUGAUGUUAAAAAAACAGAUUUCAAGAAAACUGUAUGGGCCCAAAGAGGUAAAGGUGAGUUGUGGGUGCCAUAA